AUGCUUCGGUCUGCGGUACUGCUUGGUCUGGUGGCAGCCAUCGGCAUAGCGCUGCUGUACCAGGGCACAGGCGGGCAGGAUGCCGUCACGUACCUGCAGGACAGCGUGCCGUACAUAGGGGCAGACGUGCCGCAGGAGUUGGGGUACGGCGGAGACGGAAUAAGGGUGGCAGUGGUCGACACCGGGGUGGAUCCCACGCAUCCGGAUCUCAAGGUGCGCGGAAGGAGCUUUGUGGGACAGGCCGAGGUUCCAUUUGACUCCAACGGCCACGGCACCCAGGUGGCCGGAAUCAUAGCGGCCAACGGCGGCAUGCAGGGAAUCGCGCCCGGAUCAGUCAUCUACUCCUACAAGGUGUCCCAUGACGGCGACGCGGUAUCGUCGGAUCUGAUAGUCAAGGCGGUCAGGCAGGCCAUUGCCGAUGAUGUGGAUGUGAUCAACAUCAGCCUUGGGGUAAACAGGACCAACCGGCAGAUCGACGAGGCGGUAAAUGAGGCCACAAGGGAGGGCAUCGUGGUCGUGGUGGCCGCGGGAAACGACGGACCCGGAGCCGGCACCAUCGGCAGCCCGGGAAUCAAUCCAAACGCAAUCACGGUGGGCGCCACGCACAACAACAUCACCUCCCGGGGUCCCGCAUCGCCGUUCUACAUCAAGCCCGACAUUGUGGCCCCCGGCGUCUUUAUCAACAGCACGUCCCUUGGCGGCGGCUACAACUACACCUCAGGCACAAGCUUUGCGACGCCGCAUGUAAGCGGGGCCGUAGCCCUGCUGCUUGAGAAGAACCCCACACUGGGGCCGUCGGAGAUAAAGUCGAUCAUAGUCACAACGACAGACCUGGCAUCAGACGAGCACGGAGAGCAGUUUCCCGUAGAGGUGGCAGGCUCCGGAAGGCUCAACGUCACCAGGGCGUUUAAUGCGGAGCUGAUCAUAUUCCCCACCUCCCUGGCCUUUGACAUCGCACUGCCGGGGACUGCGGACACGGAGGUGCUCAGAGUCCGGACCACGGAUCCUCCGGUAGGCGACAUAGGGGUACGAAUAUCGGCACCCGAUGCCUUUGAUGUAUCCCACGAGACAUCAGGCGACGGGGUGGCAUUCACGGCACGGAUGGUGCAGGGCGUAUCCGGUGAGUUUGCGGGAAGGAUAUUCCUUACCCACAAGGCAACCGAGUACAGCAUACCGUUUGUCAUCAGGACGUCAGAGGGCGCCAUUACGGCCUCAAGCGACUCGGGGACGCUGAGCCUUGGAGUUGACGCGCCGGGGUGGUCGUUUGCUAGGAUAUACGUCACGGACUCAAAGACCGGCUACACCGAUGCGGUGUCUGCGGUGCCGGGCCGGGACGGCCAGCUCAGGGUGUACGAUCCUGGCACGUACUGGAUAGAGGCCAGGGUUACGGCAGGGGACCGGACGUACAGCAUCUACGACAAGAUAGGCGUGACCCAAGCAGCAGAGAGGGGUGCAACAGAUGUGCUGGACAUAGGCCUGCCCUAUAGGCAGAUGAUCAUAUUGGCAGGAGUCACAGCCGCAGUGGCGGCAUCGGGGGUGGCGCUCUCAAGAUACAGGUCCGAUAGCCCUGCUGCGGAUUUAUCGUCCUAG